GUUUUUGGUGUUCAUCUCGUGCGAGGUGUUGCUGCCCGUGUUUUACCUCAGGAUCUACUUCACUCUCUGGAGGCAGAAUUCCUAUUUCAAAGGCGGGCAGCGAGGGCACAGCGACAGCCGGCGGACCAACAGCCUGCUCCCCAAAGCCAAGACGAAGACGCUGAAGAUGACUUUCGUAAUCGUCGUCACGUUCUUCGUCACAAAUACUCCUUACGUUAUACAGGAACUGGUGCUCGCCUUCGGCAAGAACCUGGACCCGAGCGUCAUCGCCAUCUUCGGCAUCAUCUCCGCCUCCAACUCCGCCCUCAACCCCUUCAUCUACCUCCUCUUCUGCCCCAAGAACGAGAGCCGAUCCUCCGAGAGUUACCGCGUCACCUUCAAGAGCCGCUUCACCCUCAACGGCAGGUCGGACAGCCAGCACACGCCAGCGUCCGCCCAGGACUCGCUCAUCUCCACCAGCAAGACCGGCAGAUGAACGUGAAUGAAGCCGGCGUUCAGCUGCAGCUGGCUCGCUCAAGGGCGGCCGGGUGAAGCGAGAAGGAAAGGUAAAGCGAGAGAGGAAAGGCAUGAAGGGGAAGAAGGAAUAACGGUGUCCUGCUUGUACACACGCGCCUGCAAUAAAUAUCGGAUAGUCUUAGUUCAGAAUUGCUCACUAAGGCACUAUCACUGCGGUUAUUUUUUUGCCAAGAGAAUACAUGCACACAUUCCAUUAUAACUGUUAAUAAGAGAGUCACUGGCGAUCAGACGAAAAAAACUAAGGCUAUUGUGAACUCUAAGAAGGAACACAGCGGGAUGUGUUUGUUAACGUCUGAGAGGAAAGCAUUCCGAGCAAACUCCAGAAAGCCGAAUCACAGAAGGUCCCUCCAGUGCUUCUCGAGAGUCCCAGUGGCCAAUGUGUGGACAUUUGCACUUGUAAUAAGUGAGGACGAAGAAGGAAAACGUGAUUCCUCUUCAUUUUUUCAUCAAAUGUUUCAUAGUUUAUUUCAAAUAUCUAACAGAAGCCUUUUUAAAGAACGUGAAAGUGUAUUUUUUUCAUGAAAAAAAAGAAUAUAUAUGAAUAUUGUAUUUCGUAUAUUAACUUACGAACUCAUAGGGUAGAUUUAUCGGCUUAUUGAUAUGUGCAGAUGACCCGUACAAAUAAUACCUUAGUAUUUAUUCUUACGAUACGAUUCUUGUGUAUACCUACAAAUGAUAUACACAUACACAUAUAUAUGUACAUAAAGUUUAUGCAUACAUGAACACACACACACACACAUA